UAGCAGAAGAUGUAUACAUGCCAACGGAAAAUCAAGCACAGUCAUUGAAUUCUGAUGCUACUGAUAAUGCAGCAGCAGAAUCUUCCUUAGUGCCUUCAGAUAAUGUUGAUGCUAAUAGAAAUCAACAUUCUGUAUCAAAUAAAAAAAAUAAGCUUAAAGCAAACCCAUAUCAAGUCUUACUCGGGUACGUACUUGAAAUGAAAGCUGAUAUGAAAGAGAUGAAAACUACUACGAAUAAAAUAAAGCAGGAGGUUCAAAACUUUAAGACACUCUUGAACAAGAAUGUCACAGUUACCAAAGAAUAUAUUGGUACAAUUAAGCAAAUUUGUGACAAAUUCAACUAUAAGAUUCCUUUUCAAACUGUACAAGAAUUUUAGGCUUUCGAUGCGGAUUUGAAAAAAAAAUGAAGAAUUAAAUGAAGCAGUGACAAAUGUAUUACAGACUGGAUUAGACCCAACAUUUGUAUUAUCCCGAUCUAUAGUCAAUAUGCUGAAAAUGUAUUUAUCCAGAGAAGUGGCCGCACAGUAUGUAGCUGUAAAGCAAAGGAAGCACAAAUAUGUCAUGAAGCCAACCAAUUUUUUUUCUUUAGCUGAAGCUCUUAUAAUUGAACGAAGAUCAAUAUCUCAUAUUAAAACCUGUGACAAAGAUAUGAUAACUGCUUUGAGUAAUGUUCUUUCUAAUGCCGGAUCCUGGUACACCUCGAAGAAAUCAGAGCCUUCUAUACAAAAAGCAUGUUCGUCCAAGUACAUCCACUUCACAAGAGCAAGAAAUAAUCGAGACUCCAGUUGUCCUAACAGGAGCAGAAUAUGUCGGAACAAGUGAUGGAUCGAUAAGAGUGCUUGCUACCGAGGCAGUUGAACCUUCUCCAAAGUAUCCACGACUUCACGUUGAAACUGAUCCACUCAUCAACGGAUUCUUUUUAUCAGACGAUGCAGAAAUUGAUUUAAUAGCAUCAACGAAUGUACGUUUCGACGCACUUCAAGAUUUCGAGGAUACGCCAUCACCAGAACAUAGUUCAGAAGAAGAAUUCGACGAAGUGUAUUUAGGUCAUUUUAAGAACAAUUAAUUUAAUUUUACUUUUAUUGCUAUGCAUUCAAAUAUUACUAAACUUUUAGAAUCGAAGUUCAAUGUACUACCGUAAAGAUUUUUGAUAAGUGUUUUUUAAUUUACAGUACAAAUAAUCGUUUAAGAUAGACUGUAAACUAAUUUUUUAUAAAGUUGUAAGGUUUUAAUAAAUAUCAAGCAAAAAUUUA